AUGGUUGCUUAUCCCUAUAUAACAGGUGUUUAAUUUGAUGAAAAAUCCAUUUCUUAAAGCUUGUUUAUUGAGUCUGUUGAAGUUUAAAAUGAAGGAUUUAAUUUUACUUUUAGCAAAUAAUAAGAUAGCACAGUAGUGUUUAUUGGAAUUAAUUAUUUGUACUAUGACCCAGAUUAAAAUUAAAAUUUAAAAAUCCAAAAAUAAAUUUUAGAAGAGUACUAAUUGAUUUCUAAAUAAUAUAAUCAAGAUGGAGAAAAACUAUUUAAAGCAUCAGAUUUGUAUUUUGACAAAAACUUAAAUUGCUCCUAAGAGUAUCAAGAACCAUUUAAUUUAAUUGGAAUGACUGGUUUCUUAUAAAGUUAAUAAACUUAGCAAAUUUUAAUAGACAGAGAAUAGAUAAUUGAUCAAAAAUAAAUAAUUAAUAUCUAAAAUAAUGAAUUUUAAAGAAAGAGUUCUAUUUAAUUGCUAUAAUUUUAUUAAAAGAAAAAUGAGGAAGUAAAAAUCAAAGAUUCUUGCUCAGUAUACUAAAAUAAAUGCAGCGAAAAAUACCCUGCUUAGUACUAUUGUGAAGAAGGUUUAAUUUAAUAAAAAUGCACUAAAUGCCUAAAUUGCCCUGCUGAUUGUAAUAGCGUGCAAAUGUGUUGUGAUUCAACUAAAUUAAAUUUUAAUAUCUCUUUAAAUAAUUGCGAAUGCUUAGAUAAUUAAACUAUGCAAUACGAUGAUUUAACAAAUUAAUGUAAUUGUAUUGAUUAAAUAUACAUGAAAAAAUAGAAUAAUAGUUGUAUUUGCAAUGAUUUGAUGAAAUUCAAUUAUGAGAAAUAAAUAUGUAAAUGUAAUGACGAAUAAACAAUGAUUAAAGAUCCUGAUUUAAAAAAAUGUGUUUGCAUAGACCAAACACUUAUGAGAUACAGUGAUAGUGAAUAAAAAUGCAUGUGCUUGGAUUAAAAUUUUAUGAAAUUUGACGAAAAUUUAAAAACUUGUGUAUGCUUAUAUUAGAUAAAUAUGGCUUUUAAUAAAGAUACAAAAAAAUGCGAAUGUAAAAAAAAUAUGGCAUUUAAUGCUAGUAAGAGAAUAUGUGAGUGCAUAGAUUAAAAUAGCACUUAUAAUACUAAAACUGAUCAAUGCGAAUGUAAAGAAAGAAUGUAAUUCAAUAGUAAGAAAUAAAUGUGUGAAUGCAAAGAUUAAAAUAGUAUAUAUAAAGAUGAAACAUAACAAUGUGAAUGCUAAUCAGGAAUGAAGUUCAAUGAUGAUAUAUAGAAAUGUGAAUGCGUAGAUUAAAAUACUAUGAAAUAUAAUUAAAUAACAGAAGAAUGUGAAUGUAUUUUAGAUGAAAUGACUUUUAGUAAAAGUUUAAAAUAAUGCAUUUGUAGUGAUAAGUCUUAUUAUUACAAUAAUCACUUAGAUAAAUGUAUACUUAAUCCUUCCUUCAAAUACUGUGAAAUUUUAGAAUAAUUUCGUCCUCUUUGUUUGAAAUGCUAAAAAGGUUUCUAAAAUUUCAAUGGGACCUGCAAAUAUUGUGGAAAUAAUCUAAAUUAAAUAUUCGCUUACAAUUUAUAAGCAAAAUCAUAAUAAGAAUUAGAAUUUUAAUAUAUCCCUAGAAUCAGCAUAAAUGCUUUCAAAUUCUUAAAUCAAAGCUUCGCAAACAAAAAAUAGCAUAAUGAUUAAUGA